CCAAUAUGGCCGAACGUAUUCAUUUCUAAAGAAAUCUGGAAAACGUAGUGAUUUUAUUUACAGACAAAUUUAUUUUAUUAAAUAUAUAUUAUUUCGUCAUUAUUAAAACUGAAUUUUAAGCAGAAGGUUAAAAAUGGAUUUCGGUACAUUAUUGCAUAUGGCCAAAAAGAAUAGCCAGGAUAGCAGAAGUGAUGGCAAAUAUUACAGCACAAAAUUUGCUCCCCCAAAAAAGGUGUCAAAGGAAAAAAAAUUAUCCGAUAAUAUACAAAAGUUCUUGCAAAAGAAAGAACAAGAGGAGAAGAUGAAACAAAAAGAACAACAAGAGAAACUUAAUCAGCUAUUAUCAAUGAGAGAUGAAAAAUCGAAAAAUAAAAUCCGUAAAAUGUUGAAAGUAACAAAGUCGGCCAAUCGUUCCGUAUUAGAGGAUGCCAUCAAUACGGAACAUACAGCGGUUACCAUGCAAGGACCUGAUCAGCCAGAUCAGGAUGAUUAUGGUUAUGUCUCGACAGAGGCCAAUUCAUUUUAUCAGAAGUAUAUAGAUAAGGUUAAAGAUGUUAAAGAAGACAAGGGCUUUGCUCCCAGCAGGCCACAAUCACUCAAAGAUCUCUCCGGUACAAAAGAGCGUGUUAAAGCUGCCAUUACCCGUGAAAUAGAAGAGAAAAAUAGUCAUACUCGACAUCGAGUUAGUCACAUUAAAGAUUCAUCGUCAAGUUCUAGUAGUCCAAACGUUGCUCGAACAUAUCACACAUCAUCCAAGCCGCUCUAUGAUCCGGAAGCUGAAAAACGGCAGGAAGAGGAGGAACGUAAGAAACGUGAAGCAGAGAAAAGGAAACUAAAAAAUCGCAAGCCUCCACCACCUCCCAUGGAUUUUCAAGCUUUACUUAAACUAGCCGAGAAAAAGCAGCAUGAACCUGUUGAUAUCCCUGGAGAGUUUAAAAAGAAGAACGAAAACGAUAGACUAAUGACAUUGAAGGAGAGGCAGGAGAUGGAAGAACGACAAAAGGCCAAAGAAGCCAGAGAACGUAGACAAAGAGAACGUGAUGAAGAAUACGCUAAAGGCAAACGGCCAGACAAGGAGAAAGGCUCUUCAUCUACUAGUUCUGCGUCCUCGUCAGCUCAACGCAUGGAACCUAAUGGUAGAAUACCAAAAUUAAAUCAAUCAAAUAGUGCUAGUAAUAGUGGUAGUAGUAGUAAAACAUCUAGUUCAUCGUCAUCAUCAGACAAAAAGUCAUUGUCAGACAAAAAGUCAUCAUCCACUUCGGUGGAUAAAAAAUCUUCUUCUUCCUCUUCGUCUGGCAAUUUUGCAAAACCUUCAAACCCCAGUUCUUCGUCAUCAUCAAAUGGAAAAAGUUCUUCAUCCAAUGUGUCACAAUCGACAAGUGCUAAAUCUAAUAGUAAAUUAAGUGCCUCAUCCUCAUCAUCAGCUAGCAGUAAAUCAUCAUUAAGUAGCAGUGCCAGUAGCUCAGCAGCCAGUAAAAAUCCCUAUAGCAGUAGCAGUUCGAGUAAACAGUCUUAUAAUGGUCCUACUAGAGAAUUUCCACCUCGUGAUAUAAAUUCACUUAAAUCAAGAGAAUUUCCUCCUCGUGAUAUAAAUUCGGUUAAGUCCAGAGAAUUUCCACCGCGGGACGUGCAGAAAACUAGACAAUUUCCACCACCAGACGUGCGUAGGGGUCCGGGACCCUCUUCAAGUAAAUAUGGUGAUAGUAAAAAAUCGGCAGCUUCUAAAAGACGCAUUUUAGAUGAUGACGAUUCAGAAUACGAUUCUGAAUUAGAUGAUUUCAUUGAUGACGGUGAUGAGGAAGAAGACUAUUCCUCACACAUCAAAGCUAUUUUCGGUUAUGAUAAAUCAAAAUAUCGGGAUGAGGAUUUCGAUGAUCGUGAAAUGGAAUCAAACUUCGCUCAAGUACAGAGAGAGGAAUAUAUUAGUAAAAAAAUAGGCAUCAAGGAAGAUUUAGAGGAUAUGAAACAGGAAGCUAUAGAAAAGAAACGAAAAAUGAUGAUGAAAAAGCGUCGUAUAAACUAAAAAAUCGCAUUUUCUAAAAUUUGGUUAGUCUAUUAAAAUUUUGCUGUAUUAGUUAUGGAUUUAUCUUAGCCAAGGCUUCUCUCAAUUUAUGCAUAAAAUACUUUAUUAAUAAUUUAAUAUAUACAUAAUGUUAUAUAGUUACAAUUUAGUUUUAAAAAAACCCCAUAAAUAUAUAUUUUAUAAAAAAUAAAAUAAUCUUUUGCAAUAUACACAAAAAA